CCCGCGCCUUUUAAAGGGGCCAGGGCGCGGGGCCCGCCAGCCACAGUCUCUCAGGCACCUCCUACCGCUGCCCACCCACCUCCGCCGACACCAUGCGCUCUCUCGCCGUCCUGGCCUUCGCCCUGCUCGCCCUGGACGCGGUCCUCGCCCUGGACCUCAUCUCGCCAGGGCUUGUGGCCGUGUGCCCCGCGGCCAGCUCCUCCGAGGAGCGGCUCUGCGUGAACGCCUGCUCCACGGACCAGGACUGCGCGGCUGACACCAAGUGCUGCGCCAACGCCUGUGGCCGCGCCUGCGUGCGCCCCGUCAUGGUAGCUGUCCUGAAGGCUGGCAACUGCCCCCAGAGGCAGGCCCCACUGAGCUCACAGCCCUGCUUAGAGAAGACUGAGUGCUCCGGUGAUGACCAGUGUAAGGACAACAAGAAGUGUUGUGUCAGCCGCUGUGCCAUGAGGUGUAUGGACCCGGCCCCAGAAGAUUCUCUUCAGUGAGAGGAGCCUUCCCUGAGGGGCUUCCACCACCAGACGGACCUCAGUUCACCCCAGCAAGAACCUUCUGUCUGGAACCCAGAGGGCUCAUUAUGCCCCCUUCCGGUUGCUAAUAAAAAAAUUCC